UAGAACCUUCAGUGUUGGUUAACGCCACGCAUAAGGAUCGCACAUUUUUGCUGAAAACAAUAAUUGCGCUUAGAAUACGCACUUUAUUUGUUUGAUAUUUGUGCAAUCAACAAAGUAUAAGUUGCUUGCGUGGAGAAAGCAGUAUUUAAUAUGGAUUGAAUUGUAACAACAGUGCUAAAUAAUACUUAAGAUAUAUACUUGAAACGAUCUGAAUUUGAUGAUAAUUUAGUAGACGUCCACCUCGGGAAUGUAACAAAAAAUGUGUUUCAUUAUUACCUUAUAAGACCUACUGAAAAUCAUAAUGAAAUCAUUAAAAACUUAGAUCAAAUUCGAAACCGUAUAUCAAUUUAUCUAUGUACCAAUCAAGUGCCGUCAUUUACUAGUUGAAAGUAACCCAAUAAAUGUACUUAUCAUACAACUGACUGACUUAAUUAAAAGCUUUUCGAAUAAAGUGUGUUAAAUGACAGAUAAAGCUUUCAAAAAAAAAGUGUAUCAAGGGGCACUUAAUGUUAAAGUGCUAGAUAAAAUCUCUUUAGACUAAAAAUGCCCGACUUUUAUGAACUUCUGAAUGUGCCCUCCACGGCCAGCUUCGAAGAGAUCAAAUGCAGCUACAAACAAUUGAUACUACAAUGUCAUCCCGACAAAUUGCGACAGCUCGAUGACCCAAAUCCGGAAUCGGAGGGCCAGAACAGCGACUUCAACGCGAUAAACGCGGCGUGGAACACACUGAAAGAUCCCAUUAGGCGCAAACACUACGAUGCCGAAUUGCUGCAGUCGAAAUUCCGGGCCCACAGCAACAUAUACGCCACAGUGGAGCUGGAUGAAAUGCAGCGGGUACAAGUGGAAAUCGAAGAAGACGACGAGGCACCGGCACCUCCCUCCCGAGAAUCUGAGUCCCAACCCGAAUCUAAAGCAGACAAAGGGCCGGCGACAAUGUGGAGUUAUGCGUACGACUGCCGGUGCGGCGGUCAGUAUCUGUUCGAUGGACCCGGAGACGGAGACGAUGAGUCACCCGAAGUGAUUGUGGAGUGCAACGAGUGCUCUUUAGUGAUUAUUGUGAAACAAGCCAGCCGCAAGUUGUAAAUAAAGAAACCCAGCAAGUAAUGGAACUGCUGCCCAGCACAAUGCUUGCGAAUCCAACUAUUCGAUUGAGAGCUCUUUUAAAUUUAACUUUUACACUCCGUUUAUUGGUUUCUUGAACCCCCGGCUGCGAGAGCUCUCUUCAUAUGCAAAGCAUGUUGUCAUCGACGUCGUGCAUCCGACAUUCAACCGGGCCCAGCCCCUUCUUUGUCGCUUGUUGUGCCCAAAAGUGAUGUAACAUGAUGGUACAUCAUUUCGAUUUGGGUUCCCCACUCCCGCUGCUUAUUCACUUUGCAUAUGCUUCAUUUCCGCUGUGCGGGGAGAAAUUACCAAAGAUUUGAUGUCUCUGGCGCGUGUGAAUUGACGGCGGUUUGCCAAAUAACGAGCAGUUUGCUGUUUAUUUACUUGGGGGAGUUUUUGGGUCAAGUUUUGGAUGGACCUAGGCCGCUUUAAUGGGCUCGCUAAUCCGCUAUUAUGACAGAGUAUUGAUGAAAUUGCUUAAUUUUCGAAGAGGUUCUCCUUUCGUAUUAAAAUAUAUUACUACAUUAAAGUGUUACUCAAGUGGUUAUAGCAAAAUGUGAUAUAUUUUCACUCUCAUUAAUAUUCUUCCGCAAUGAUACUUACCUUUAUUUAUAUGAUUUUAAGAUAUUAUAAGUACUUAUUAGAAAUCAAGAAAUAAAUGAGGCUGAAAACUAUAUUUGCCUAGAUUUGCGUUUUUCUAGUAGUAGUGUAAUGAAUAUUUUAAUUUAACUUGAUAGUGAUAGUGACUAUUUUUCAAUUGAUAAUGUUAAAUUAUAUUCCUUUUAACAGAAAAGUAUCUCAACCGACAUUAAGGUUGGAAGUUGAAAUCUCGCCCAUCUGAAAAAACAACGGGUUUUUAAGCUCCUUAAAUGUAAUUAUAAUUACUCGAGCUCGCCCAUUUUUCGUUUUUUGUUAAAAUUCAAUAACCCCGCCCGAUCGCGGCACCGUCGACGAUGAUGUCAGCAACUGCAAAGGCACAGAAAGCGAAAAAUGUUUAUAAUCGAC